AAUUUGAUUUUAAGGAUUGACCAGCUCGCAGGUUCGUAUCAAUGUCGGAUUGGGUUAGAGACGGAGGGAGAUGUAGCUGAAAUGUCUCCAUUACGGGACACGCGCUUGGCCGCAAGAGCUAGGCUGCUCAAGAGGAGUAAACCCUAACAAACUCCCUUGUAGAGAACUUCUAUGCCUUGGCAACAAACAAUGGAAGAAUAUUUGAAGAGGAACAGCGAGGAGAAUCUGAAUGGAGCAUUGCAUUCUAUGAGGAACCUCACAUCACGGUUAUGUGAUUCGCUGAAGUCGCAGCAGAUCAACCAGAAAAUGGAGCAGGGGCAUGGCGGCGUUCUACCUUGCAUCGCUCUGUGCUUGUAUAUCUACAAGCAUAUGUUGCAUGAAACAGAGGCUGUUAUAUCAAUUGCAGAUACGAAGGGGUAAAACGCAACAAGCCAGAAAGAGGUUGAGGGGAGCAGCCGCCAGUUGCGUGAAGAGGGAAGAUAUGCAGCUGCGUAGAAAUAAACAGAAGUUUAUUAUGGCUCGCGUCAACUGGUAGCCUAAACAUUGGAAGAAGCGGGAGACGAAGGGGUUGCAAAUGGAAAGGGCCCGAGCAAUCAUAUCUAAGUCAGAAAGAAAGUUAACGGAAGAAGAGGUUAGCUUACAAGGAGGUCAAGUCAUUUCUUGGCGGAAUGGUCGAGGUGAAGAAUUUCUCUUCACCAGUAGCAAGGUGAUUCAGGAACAUCCCUGGUGGAACCCAUUUGACUGGUUUAUUCCUGCUAGCACUGUGAACUCUAAGCCUCCUAAAGCACUGCGGGGAGGGAUUCUCAUAUGCUUCCCUCAGUUUGGAGAGACUGGUUCAAUUGAACAACAUGGCUUUGCGAGGGACAAAAUUUGGAGUAUUGAUGAGAAUCCUCCACCUCUGCACCCAAGAGAUUCUCUGGGCAAAUCAUUUGUCAACUUGCUGCUCAGAUCAUCUGAAGAAGAUCUUAAGUGCUGGCCCCAUCGUUUUGAGCUUCGACUUAGGGUUGCUCUUUCAGCUGAUGGAAAAUUGAGUUUGAUAUCACGAGUCAGAAACAUUUUUGGCGAGCCAUUUACUUUUGCAUUCGCUUAUCAUUCAUAUUUGUCUGUCUCUGACAUAAGUGACGUGAGGGUUGAAGGGCUGGAAACACAAUACUAUCUAGACAACCUUUGCCAAAGAGAACUUUUUGCAGACCAAGGAGACGCCAUUACUUUUGAAUCUGAGGUAGAUCGAGUUUAUCUUGAUUCUCCAGAUGUUAUUGGAGUCCUUGAUCAUGGAAGUAGAAGAACGUUUGUGAUGAAGAAGUCUGGGCUAAGAGAUGUUGUGGUCUGGAAUCCAUGGGAUAAGAAAUCAAGAGCCAUGAAGGAUCUUAAGCCGGACGAGUACCAGAAGAUGGUUUGUGUUAAUCCUGCAGCGGUUGAGAAUCCCAUCACUUUGAAUGUAGGACAGGAAUGGACCGGCCGACUGGAGCUCAUAAACGUAGCUUCAAGCUUUUUCAGCCAGACCUUGAUCCCCUAAGCCACUGUCUUAGAGGGAUGAGAAGAAAGCCAGAAUCAGUUGCCUCUGUUGCAGUUAUAGCUGGUUUUGAGUAACAAGUUUAAAUUAGGACUUCUAGGUGAAUGGCUUGGUGUUCUGAGUUUUAGUGUAAGUAAAGUCUUGGUGUUGUGAUGGAAGCCUAUGUUUUGUGGGUAUGCAUCUCUCUCUCUCUCUCUCUCUGCCCACACACACACACACACACACCUUGCUGUUAGGUUCCCCUUCAUAUUUUCUUGAUUUGAGAAAAGGGUUUUAAUGCGCAGGAUGAAUUGAAAAUCCCAGAUAAGAUGCUGUGGGCUGGGGGCUGAUCAACGUAACAGUAACUCUUCAUCAUCUUUUUAGUUUAAAAUUUUGGCCAAAUCUAUAUUUUUACUCUCAUACUUUCACCUUUUUUUUGUGUAGCUACUUAAACUUUUUGUUAUUCGAUUACACUCCCGAACCUGAUUUUCGACUCAAUUUUGCCCCAUGUGCUUUGACAUUUUUUUAUAGGAUAAUUCAAAUUUUUCGUUGUUUUGAUUGCA